UUCUUCGCCUCGCAUGGAACAACUUCCGCAGUCGACGCUUCCGAUCUUGACGAUCCGCGACUCUGUUCUCUUUCCAGGUGCGUACAUGCGCAUCGCCGUUGGACGUGAAAGCAGCCUCCGCCUCGUCCAAGACGCUUUGUGGGACGCAUUUCACCGAUCUCUCGACUCGACCCAGAUGAAACCCGUCCUCGUGGGCGUGUUCACGGAGCAUGGGGUGAAGGACAACCAUACGCUUGGUCAAAUAGGCACUGUCGCACGUAUUGUCCAGCUUCAACGAUCGCGAUCGAACCAAUCAUUUGAUUACUCGAUGCUGCUCCAAGCCCUGGCGCGAGUUAGCAUCGUCGAGUUGACUCAGUCCGAUCCAUUUCUAGAAGCCACAGUUCAACUGGAAAAGGACACAUAUGACGGCAAGACCAAAGUUCCUCUUCAGCAACUCAUUUCCCAAGUCUCUGCCGGUUUGUCGCUUGGAAAGUCGAUGCAGCUGAUUGCGCCGCGCUUCCAGAACGACCCGAACAUUGGAUCCAAGUUGAGCGUGUGGCUAGACAUGCUGGCAGCGCAUAUCCAAGCAUCUGCAGCCGAAAAGCAGAUGGUGCUCAAUGCUGUGAACGUGAUUCAUCGAAUGGAGCUGCUGUGGGCGUUGUUGCAACACCACAAGGGAAAGACUGGCCGCCUGACAAUCAAGUCUCAGCCCAUGACCGCUGCCGCCGCCCUUCGUGAUGCUGAAAACGACGGUUUGAAGGGCAACGACGAUGAUGAUGAUGUCCGCUCGUUGGAGAAGAAGAUUAUUGCACUGCAACCUCAUCUGGCCGGAGAUACAUUCCAAAUGGCUGUGCGCGAGCACAGGCGCCUCAAGCGCAUGAACGCCAACCAGCCCGAGCAUCACGUAAUCUUGCAGUACUUGGAGUUCUUUUGCUCGCUGCCAUGGGCGAAUACCGACGACGAAUCCUCCCCUUCCACAUCCACGUCACUAGACUUGACGGCGGUACAGACUCAGCUAAACAAAGAUCACUACGGCAUGCAAAAGGUCAAGUCCCGCCUCGUCGAGUACAUGGCCGUGCGCAAUUUGACCACGCACAACCCCAAGGCACGCGCGAAAGGGCUGAUCCUGUGUCUAGUGGGGCCGCCAGGCGUUGGCAAGACGAGUCUAGCACAGUCGAUUGCGACCGCGACGCGUCGAACCCUCCAGCGACUGGCCCUCGGCGGCGUCUCGGAUGAGAGCGAGAUCCGAGGGCAUCGAAAGACGUACAUUGGCGCUAUGCCAGGUAACGUCCUCAUGGCGCUUCACCGUGCCAAGGUAUCCAACCCGCUGAUCGUGCUCGAUGAAAUCGACAAGCUCGGUGUCAAGGGCCACUCGGCCAACAACGCAGUCGCUCACGCGCUGCUCGAAGUGCUUGACCCCCAACAGAAUGACACGUUCAAAGAUCACUACUUGAACGUCCCAUUUGACCUUAGCCGUGUCAUGUUUGUCGCGACCGCCAAUUCGCUGGACACGAUUCCCCGCCCGCUCUUGGACCGGAUGGAAAUCGUCCAGAUUGAAGGGUACACGACGAUGGAGAAACUCGCGAUUGCAGAACAGUACAUUGUGCCGCGCCAAGUGCAGGAUCACGGACUCACGGCGCCCCUUGAGUUCACGACGGAUGCGCUGCAGUACGUGAUUGCCCAUUAUACACGAGAGGCUGGCGUACGAGACCUCCAGCGCAAGGUUGGCUCAAUCUGUCGCCAUGUAGCCGUGCAAGUGGUGAACGGAGAGACCCCUGCCGAAGUGGUCAGCGUCGACAUGGUGAAAGAGGUCUUGGGCCAAGAAACCGUGCGAAACGAAGUUGCUCUGCGAGCUGGUGUGCCAGGCGUGUCGACAGGUCUGGCAUGGAGCAGUACCGGUGGCUCGAUUUUGUUCGUGGAGGCGUCGGCAGUGCUCAAGUCAUGGAACAACUCCCCCUGUGACGACAGAACCCACGCUGGCAGCAGCUCCAGUCCACUUGGUCUGACACUCACAGGCACGUUGGGCGAUUGUAUGAAAGAGUCGGCACAACUGGCUGUCACGUGGCUCAAAGUACAUUUACCCUCGUUGCAUCCAGUGGAUCUCGCCAAAGUGAGUGAGUUUCACAUCCAUUUCCCCGAAGGCGCGACCCCCAAAGACGGUCCCUCUGCAGGAGUCGCGAUCGUGUGUGCAUUGGUGUCGGUGGUGACUCAACGGGUUGUCCCUGUGGACUUGGCCAUGACCGGCGAAAUCACGUUGCGUGGUGUAGUUUUGCCUGUGGGAGGCAUCACCCAAAAGGUUCAUGCGGCCGCCCGCGCCGGCAUCUCGCGCGUGCUUUUGCCGUUGGCCAACAAGAAGGACGGCGACGACGUCCAGGCGACUUUGCCGUCGAUCGAGUUGAUUUACGUCCACACGAUUGCAGACGUCCUGCGCGUGGUGUUCAACCUCCCGCUGUCCGAUUCGGACGAAGCAGUCGCGACGUCCACGACAAGUAGUCGCUUGUAGCACCAACACGUCGACUGAUUCUGAUUCUGAGUUUGACCUCAGUGGAUCUGAUUCUGAGUCGCCCCGACCGGGUCGUUACAACGACAAGGGCGUAAACGCGUUGAACACGUACGAGUAGUACUCGGCGACGGCGGCCCCGCUCGAGGUGUCGUCGACAGCGGCAAAUUGCGACGGCUGGAGAUGCUCGUAGCGCUUGUCGAGUACUUGACGGAGCUUCUUGUCGCGGCCGUUCUUGACCUUGUACAGCAACGCGACAAAGUUGACGGGCAGCCCAUAGCGAAGCACCGACUCGACAAACGUGCGAACGGCCUUGAUAUGCAUCCACGCGAUAAAGGUCUCGCCAAAAUGGGCUUUGCACCAUCGCAAGAGUCCCGAGUACAACCGGUUCACCUACACCGAAACAGCCCCCGACAUACAGGAGGAGGUUAUUCUUUGCACGUCGCAAGCGAACGCAGCCGUACCUCGACUUCCAAUUCCGC